CUCCUCCUCAGUUAUCAGCUAAAAAUAGGUUACAAAUAAAAUACUUUAUGGGUUGAUUACUUAUUUUAAAUAACCCAGGCUAACGAGCCUCUCUAACUUUAACGUCAGCUCCGUGUUUUGCAUAUGUGUGAACUUCCUGGUUGACAUGUUUCCCAGGUGUGUCAGAGCACAGGUAACCGCCCAGGUUUCAUUUUCUGCUGGGGACUUCAGGUUACAGAAUAAGAAGCUGGUUUUGUUGCUUUUGUUUUUUCUUCCUUGAGGUGUGUGCGUUUGUGUGUGCAUGUGAUCAGACUGAGGCUCAGUCAGUAAUCUCUGACAGAACCUGUCAGGUGGGCGUGGCCAGGCUUUUUACCUGCAGCAGGUUUGAAAAGGAUCCUUCACAGAAACUUUAGCCUUUUAUGUGUCGCUCGCUCUCUGGAUUUUGAUAUUAGACACACUGAUCUGUCUCUCACACGGGACAGAAACGAGGACAGCAGCUGGACGACAGGAGGGACAAAGGACACAGAGGAUGAGGAAAAUGCUCCAGAAUGUGAAAUAACUCGGAGGAGAUUCUUCGGCUGAUGUUUCGACAAAUGGGUCUGUGAUUCUAAUGUGGCAUUUCAGAAUCUGGAAUGUGAAAGAUGUUUCCGUCCUUCUCAGCAUCGCUCUCUGUUUGUGCCACGCAGCCGGAGCGAUCUCAGUCACUUCAGUUCAGAGGAACCUCAUCAGGUCGGUGCAGGAGGACGUGUUGUUCUCGGUCAACGUGACGUGCAGCUGCGUCCCCACCGUCCACUGGACCUUCAUGUCUGCGGCUGUGAGCCGGGCCAUCGGGUCCUGGCAGCCGGGGGUCUACGCCAACAUAACGGAGGACUACAGCAGCAGGGUGAAGGCCUGCGACGACGGCUCCAUGGGCCUGUCGGACCUCCGGCUGCAGGACGCAGGCUUCUACGUGGUCACCGUCCAAGACCCGGCAGGAAACAGCAAGGACCUCGGGUUUGUCCUGAAGGUGACCGAGGUUCUGUACGAGGACCUGCAGUACCUGUCUGUUAGCGCUUUAGUCCUGACCGGUCUGGCCGGACUCCUCAUGCUGACCAUGUGGCUGCUGCACAAGGCCUGCAGGAAGUUCAGAGCGUGGAGACGCAGGAAACGGAUGCCAGAAGCCGAUGAAACGGAGCUGCAGCGCCUCUGACGGAGCCGUGGAAACAGAGACUGAGAUAAACCAGCUCAGACCUGAGCUGGAGCUGCAGAGUUUUUAAAUUAAAAACUCAUGGUUUAAAACAGAAAAGCUACCCUCCCAA